AUGAACUGGUCGACAAGUGCCUUCAAUCAGCCACCCACUAUGGAUGGCAUAAGUACUCUACUCAAAACACUCUCUCACCCUAUAGAACUUGCCAACAUCACAGGCAUGUCAGAUUGCUGGCUCUCAGCUAUAAUUGCCAUGUCAGCGCAUGGAGCUCACAGCGACAUGCAAAAAUUAAUAUACGACCUGUGCACCGUUCUUGACUGCCUGUCUGGUGGUGUUACUCUCUGCCUAGUACACCACCCAGGUGCAACAGCACCAUUAACAGAUCUGCAACCUCAAGAUCUUUCUGUGUCGCUUUAUCUCAAUCUGAAGCUCCUCGCUGAACCCUUACAAUGUCAUCAGCCCAUUGCAGAAAUCACGCAGAUGUUUGUUGAGGGGUGUGCUCUACCGGUUGCACAGUCUUUCCGGGAAGCUCAUCUUGCACAUGGAUGGAAGAAGGAGCUCAGGCGCAGCUCAUCAGAUAUCCCAGACUAUGAUUCCCUUCCCCUUGUUCCAUUACCUUCCAGUGGCACUUGCUCAUCUGAUUUCAAUAUCCUUGGAUGGCCUUUUGGUUGCCUCGAGCAUGUCAUUUCCACUCAACGAACAACCAACUCAAUGGUGCCAUUCUUGUCCACCACUUCUGUAACUCCAACAAUUCGGUGGACAAAUCAGCAGAUAACAUUAUCUAGGCACGCUCCAUCAAGAGAUCACGCUCUUGAUCUUGAUGACCAGCUCCAACGCCUCACGCUCAGGGACAGUUCGCGUCCCUAUCCGAUUCCUCCAUUGGCUUAUGAGGCUAUGCUUGUGAGGGUUGACCCUGAUUCCCCUUUUGAAUCUCCUAUGCCUACUGUUACUCCGGCUCGUUCAACAUCCACUACUAUGCCUACUGUUACUCCAGUUUGUCCAACGUCCACUACUACGCCUACUGUUGCUCCAGCUCGUUCGACAUCCAGGACAGUUCAUGUGGCUCAGACACCAUCGAAGCCACCACAGUCACACAUGUGUUUCACCACUGCCGUCACGCAUGUCUUUGGGUGUUUCACCACUGCCGUCAUGCACGCCUUUGGGUGCUUCAUCAGCAAGCUUGCCAACUCGUUCGACAAACCGUUCAGUGCCACUCGUCUCUUCAUCAUCACGGUCGGGGUCUAUGUAUUCAAUUCCAGGGGAUCUUCUUCUGCCAUUUGGUGGGCUUCCGAGCUAGCCAAGAGGGGCAAUAUUAGCUCUGAGCCUGAAGCUCUUCAAAUAUCAGCUGCAAUGUGGGAGGACUGGAACGUGUUGGGUGGCACUGUUGGGAAGCCACAGAUUUGGCUCGUCGUUUUGGCAGAAACCGUCGACGUUACCUGGAAAAGCUUUACAUUGGCUCAGCCUUAUGGAGAAAGCGGCGCAGCAAGACAAGUGCAUGAUAAAGACAUAGGCCAACGAGCCAACCUUCAUGCCAUCACUAAGGAGACAAGCGAAUAUCACCAACUUACACUUGAGCAGUGCGCCAAAAUGGUGGAGGAAUUCAAAAAAAUCAAAAUGUCAGGAGUGAGCAAGCCGGUGAACAUAACAUCUCAUACUCAUCUCGUGGAGGUAAAUCAUAGCUUUGCAGCCAUGGUCAGCGAGGCUGAAGCGCUGAAGGAAUUAUCUCACUUUGUUCGUACACUUCUGCGGGAGGAUCCAAUGAAACUUGGCAUUAAGAUGGAAUCCACCGUGCUCGCUGGACUUGCGCCACAAAAUGACCGCAAGUUGGCUGCCAAGCAAGGCAUACGAAGCGGUCUAAAUGAAAGUAUAGUUGAGGUUACUGAGAACGCAAACACCACGCUAGAGUUUGUCCGCUAUGAACGCAUGGUUCAGGAGCAUCUAGUCAAGCUGAUUGGGUGGUGCCACAAUGAAUGGGGUAACCCCAGCAAUCUGAAAGGCAGAGUUGGCCCACUAGAGGCUCUUGCACAGGCAGUUUCCGAUAGGAAGUGCAAGUUUGUUCGAAUUACAAGACAGGAAGCUGAUGAGCGUAUGAAACGCAUCGAGGUGGGUGAGAUUUUGACCCCGAACAAGGUAGAUCAAGAACCGGAGGAGAGCCCUGUCAUCCCCAUCGAUGACAAUGACCCAUACGAGGGCAAUGGAAUUGGUCCAGCCCCUCGUACUAGCGAGAUCACUGAUGAUAUUGUUGAUCCUGCCCUUCAAGUCUCCGCACCAUCUCCUCCAGUCGCCACAACACCUAGCAGGUCACACAUGGAACCGCAUCUACCCAACACUCAGCUGCCAAUUGGCAAUCCAUUCUUACCAACUCCCUCUGUAUCAAACAUGACAACUGCGGCAUUGACAAACCAUACACAAUGUGCCACUGAUAGAGCACUGUUGAAGCGGAAGAGGAAGCCCACUGAAAAAGCGGCGCUCUAUGCAGCAUCGAGGAAGUCUCGUAAGUUGAAAAGAGGGGCAAAGAGUGCUGCGGUGGUAGAUUCGGAUGAGGAGAACGGGUGGGAGGACAUGGAUAAUGUUUAA